UGAAAUGUCAAAAAUUGCCUUGCAGGUUGUGCAGAACAGAUUGGAAAACAAUAAUGUUGUUAGUCUUAGCAUAUUAAAUGUAUUAAUUGGCCAAACCUGUUGUGCAGAAGAGGAUGGAGAACAAUGAUUCUGGACAGCUCCUGCUCGUGGAAAGAACGGGCAUCCCAAUGAAUGAGCUGCUCAUGUUCUGUUGUGACAUUCCCAUUUCAGCCAAAUAAACAAUGCCACUAGGGUGUCACAGGAGUAGUCAUGGGAUCACCUCUGUCAUCUACAAGGAACAUUUUGAAGAUAUUCUGAUAGGAAACCACCCCACUGAAACCAUCAGUGUGGCUGUGCUAGAUGGCUAGUAUCAGUGAGAUAUGCGAGAGUACGCGGAUGGCCCGUGAGAUGGCUCUGUUGGGCAACUACGAGUCGGCCACUGUAUACUACCAGGGAGUGGUGCAGCAGAUCCACCGGCUGCUGCAGAGCAUACAGGACCCAUCCAGGAAGCUCAAGUGGCAGCAGGUACAGCAGCACAUUGCUCGCGAGUACGAGCAGGUGAACGGCAUCACGCACACCCUGAGUCUGUUCCGCGCCGACAGCCACGACAGCAGGCCCAUCGGCACUUCGCUGCGUGCCUCGUCGUUCGAGGAGCCCACGCGCGAUCCGGACGUGUGGCCGCCGCCGCCGCCCCGCGACCCGGACGUCUGGCCGGCGCCCACCACCUCAGAGCACAAGCAGCCGCCGCAGGUACGACCCGUGCGUGGCCCGAAAAAGGCUGCCGACUCGAAGCCACCAUCGCGCAACUCGCGCAGCGGCGGUGGCGCCUCCAAGCGGACGGGUGGUGGAACCUCGAAGGCGCGCCGCGAGGACAGCAAGAGCAGCGACCGGCGCGCCAAGGGCGGCAAGGACGACAAGAAGACUGAUGAUAAGGGCUCGGAGAAGGGUGCCGACGGCAAGGAGGCGGGCGCCGAGGGCGGGGCCGAGGACGACGAGGAGAAGCGGUUCGACCCGUCCGGCUACGACCGCGACCUGGUCGAAAUGCUGGAGCGCGACAUCGUGCAGAAGAACCCGGACGUGCGCUGGGACGACAUCGCCGACCUGCACGAGGCCAAGCGGCUGCUGGAGGAGGCCGUCGUGCUGCCCAUGUGGAUGCCGGACUUCUUCAAGGGUAUCCGGCGUCCGUGGAAGGGUGUGUUGAUGGUGGGCCCGCCCGGCACGGGCAAGACCAUGCUGGCCAAGGCGGUGGCCACCGAGUGCGGCACCACCUUCUUCAACGUCUCCUCCUCCACGCUGACCUCCAAGUACCGCGGCGAGUCGGAGAAGCUGGUCCGCCUGCUGUUCGAGAUGGCACGGUUCUACGCCCCGUCCACCAUCUUCGUGGACGAGAUAGACUCUCUGUGCUCGCGGCGAGGCUCUGAGACGGAGCACGAGGCCUCGAGGCGGGUGAAGUCUGAGCUGCUGAUGCAGAUGGACGGCAUCAGCUCGUCGCAGGACGACCCGGGCAAGAUCGUGAUGGUGCUGGCCGCCACCAACUUCCCCUGGGACAUCGACGAGGCGCUGCGUCGUCGCCUGGAGAAGCGCAUCUACAUCCCACUGCCCAACAGUAAUGGUCGGGAGGCGCUGCUGCGGAUCAACCUGCGGGAGGUGGAGGCGGACCCGACGCUGGACUUGAAGGUCGUGGCCGAUCAGCUGGACGGAUACUCGGGGGCCGACAUCACCAACGUCUGCAGGGACGCGUCCAUGAUGUCGAUGCGCCGCAAGAUCGCCGGCCUACGUCCGGAGGAGAUCCGCGCCCUGCCCAAGGAGGAGCUCGAGCUGCCCGUCACCGACCACGACUUCAGCGAGGCCAUCGCCCGAUGCAACAAGUCCGUCUCGGCCGCCGACCUCGACAAGUACGAGAGCUGGAUGCGCGAGUUCGGCUCCAGCUAGGAGGCGGGCGCGCGCCGCCCUGGCGCUCCGCACACGUCGACGGGUGCGGGGUUGUGGAGCGGCCAACGACGUCUGGCUGACUGAGUCACUGCCCGUAGGCCAGCGGACAGAGAAGACUGACGCACGUCUGGGACGCGAGCGGCGUCUGGCUGACUGGGUCGCUGCUCACAGGCCAGCGGACAGAGAAGACUGACGCACGUCUGGGACGUGAGCGGCGUCUGGCUGACUGGGUCGCUGCUCACAGGCCAGCGGGCGGAGAAGGCUGACGCACGUCUGGGACGUGAGGCGCCGGUAGAAGCGAGUUAUGUUGUUUCCAAACCCUUUAUACACUGGACGGCACUGUGAUACUAACGAACUAGCACCAUCUUUGCUCACUGACUUAUUUAAUAAUUUAAUAUAGAGCUUUGUAGCAUUCUGCCACGGGGUAUAAGGGUGGUUGUGAAUCUGUGAGUGUAUUGUUGCUUAAAAUUUUGAGGUGAGUUCGGCAUGAGUGAUGCAUAUUAAACUUAACUUACAGUUUGAAGUAAAGUAAAACAUUGAGUAUACAUUCCUGCAACGGGACACAAUUGUUGACAGCGUCAUCACUCAUUCACAGAUAAACGCGCAUUCUGGAAACGAAAUGUAGGUUUUUGUCUUUUGUAUGUUAGCACACAUUUACGUCUAAUAAAAACACUAUAGCAAAU